AUGUAAUAAAAUAAGUUAUUGCAGACCAUUUAACAUGUUUACAAUUUGAGGAAUCCUCUUUUUCGAGAAAAAAUAAUUAUGCUUUGCUUAGUGUAUAUUCAGGAAAACAAAUCAGAAUACCCAGUCAAAGUACUACUUGAGCAGUUGCCAUUUCAAUUUGAUGAGUUAUUUUUUGAUUACAUCAAGAACUUGAACUCCGAGGAUCCCUUCAUAUUAUCCAAGGCAUUUGACUUGUUAUCUCACAAAGCCAUGCAAAAGAUCUUAGAUAGAAAUACCUACAUCAAAUAUGAAAUACAGUUGCUUAAAUAUAUUGCCUAACAAUAUAAAGUCUAAUAAAAUUAUCAUGUGGCUGUUAAGACUAUCAAAUAUGUGUUGGAAUUAGAAUAGAAAAUAGAACCCAGAGAUUAAAUAAGCAUCGUGUCCAGUCGCAUGAGUUUAGUGACUAUUUUGUCAACUGCUGGACAACACACACAAGCUCUGAAUGAAUUGAAUACCAUACAACAUUUCAUCAAUCAAAUUCAAGAUUAAAAGCCAUUCCUCAAACUGAUUUGCAUUAUGUACUAUAAUUACGGGGUUGAGUGGGAACAUCUAGGUUAAUUGUUUUAAUCUCAAAUCAAUCUCUCACAAGCACUUGAAAUUGCCAAAACUAAUAAAUUUGAUGAGCUCCUUCAGAUUGUAGAGUAAGCCAUUGCAAACAUUAAGAAAUCUAAAUGA